AUGUCCAAUGUGUUAUUUGGUCAAUUAGGUAUGAUCUUGCCACUAGUAAUCAGCGCAACGGCAAUCAGAGUACCUGUAGACAAUGAAGAGGAAGAUCAAUCGGCUCAACCAUCGAAUCAUACGAGUCAGUCAGAGCCCAAACCGAUAUAUUAUGAAUCUGAUGGAGAAGAUAGUAUAGAUAGUUAUCUCAUCCCUCCUAAUCCUCACAAGGAUGAGGAAGUAUUAUUAGAUUCUAUAGUCACACCGGCAACGUAUCUUUUGCCGCCAUCCAUUGAAAAACAGAAGGAUUAUUACUACGCGCCUACAGAAUCUACUGGACAAUCUGAUUGGCAACCUAUAGUUCAGUCGGAACCUAAUGAUCAGUCAGUUAAAUUGUUACCAUUGCGUCAGCAAAGUGCUCCAAUACCUAUAUUUAUGAGAAACGAUACUCAAUCAGGGCAAUUUGAAAUUUAUCAGCGACCUAGAGCGGGAAAAAUGAUUAGUAUACCUAUACCGUCUUUGAAAUUGGAACCACCUUCUGAAGAUGCUCCUGAUGAAUUCUUUAUCAAUGUACCUUCUAAGGAACUGGAGUUGCCAGCUGAAGAAAUUGAUCAACAAUAUAUUCAGCCUAAUAAAGAUUAUCCAGAUUUUAAAUACCGUCUGAAUGGAGAGUACCCAACCGUCGCUUCUCAUUUAACUCCGCCAAGACUGGUUUAUCGUAAAUUUAAAAAUCCUACAAAAUUAUACCCAAAGAAAUAUCCUGGAACUUUUAAGCCUCUAGCUAUUCCGAUAGCACAGUAUGCUGAAGAUUUACCGUUAGAAGCACCUAAAGCUAAACCCAUCAAAUAUUUCAAGCCUUCAGCGGGUAUAGAAGAUCCAAUAGCAAUACCCAUUGAUGAGAAACAGAUUUAUUUGUUUGAUCAAGCGGAACAGAAACGUAAAUUCAAAGAAGAAAAUGAAGCAGAACAAGAAGCACCACAGGCGCCGGCAAAUGAUUACGACGUAGUUCCGCUAGAGCAGGAUGCGUCGGAAACGAAUUUCAGAUAUCCCGGACAUAAUAUUUACCAUCCUCGGCCUGCACUACUGAGGCAAAGGCCUCCGGCACCAGCGUAUUUGCAGCAAUAUCAACAUCAGGAUCAGGAUCACCAUCCGCAGCAGCAACAGCCACAGCAGCAGCAUCAAGAGCAGCAACAGAAGAAACAAGAGCCCCCAGCGCCCGAGGACCGUACCGAAUUUCGUAUGCACGGAAUGAAGGGGCCUCACAGUUACCAAUUUGGUUACGAUACUGGAAAAGGAAAAAAUCGCCAGUUCCGUUACGAAGAGCGCGACAAUGAUGGUCUCGUGCAAGGUCAUUAUGGCUACAUGGACAAAACUGGUAAACUGCGUGUGGUCAACUACAGAGCCCAUCCUGAGUAUGGUUUCCAGGCUGAGCCACAAGAGGAACCUCAAGCUGAACCAAAAGUAGAGCCAAAAGAAUCCGAGGAGCAUUGACAGUAAUGGUAAAUCAACAUAGAAUCAUAGGAAUGCAUAUUCUCUGUUCAAAUCUAAAAAGAAAACGGUCCGUCGAAAUUGGUAAAUUAUUAAGGACAAUCGGGUGUCCUGUGUCCGAUGACGAAGAUGUACUGAGAGAAGUUGUUGCCUCGUUUUCAAUAUUGUCAUGGAAUUAUUCGCUAUGCAGUCAUUUAUCCACUGCGUAUACUUUACCUUCAUGACCGUUCAAGAGCUCGAGACAAAAAUGUGUUAGAACGUUUAAUAUUUAGUUAAUAACGGUUGAUAUUUCAGUAUCUUGCAGUAUAUUAAAAUAUCCAAUGCAAAAGUCAGGUGGUGGAACUAUUAAUUCUAAGUGAUGUACUCUCAGUAUUUCAACAUACUGCAGUGUCAACUGUUAUAAAACUGUUGCAUUUUUUGCUGUCACUAGCUCUCUGUAUAUUAAGAAAACACGGCAAAACUGCUGUACUUAAACAAAACGACCUCUAUAUUAGGAAUACUGUAUCCACACCAUCAUAA